AUGGACAUUGACAGGAUUUUUGGUUCAAAAAUUCGUCCUUGUGGCCAAGCAGACAUUCCAGAAUGGACAGGAAAGCCUUCAUCACCUUAUGACGAUCCACGUGCAUUGAGGUUUCUUGGAGAACCUAUUUUGCCUCCAGAAAGUAAUGAAGACCUUGAUGGUGGUUCCAUUGGCAAGAGGAGGCAAGAUGACUGCAACUGUCAAUUCCCAGGUUCCAUUGCCUGUGUCAGGUUUCAUGUGACAGAGAAAAAGAUUGAACUGAAGCGCGAACUUGGCUCAGCAUUUUAUGAAAUGCGACUUGACCGCAUCGGUGAGAAUUUAGCUCUGGUAUGGACCAAGGAUGAAGAAAGGAAAUUCAACACCACCAUCCAGAAGAACCUGCCUUCCUCCAAGCACAAUUUCUGGGACAAGCUGCUUGCUGUCUUCCGUUCCAAAGGCAGAGAAGGCCUUGUGAGCUAUUACCACAAUGUUUUCCAAGUCCGGCGAAGGGCCUACCAGAAUCGUCUCGCUCCAAAUGCCGCAGACAGUGAUGACGAUUCCAUUGAGCCCGGCUUCCUAUACCUUCUUCAAGGUGGUCGUAAGAGUAGGUCCAGGUCUGCUGCUUCCUCUGGGAAUCGAAAGAACUAUUAG